AUGUGGAAGCACCAGAGGAAAACCAAGUCCAAACCAUGUGGAAGCACCAGAGGAAAACCAAGUCCAAACCAUGUGGAAGCACCAGAGGAAAACCAAGUCCAAACUAUGUGGAAGCACCAGAGUAAAACCAAGUCCAAACCAUGUGGAAGCACCAGAGGAAAACCAAGUCCAAACCAUGUGGAAGCACCAGAGGAAAACCAAGUCCAAACCAUGUGGAAGCACCAGAGGAAAACCAAGUCCAAACCAUGUGGAAGCACCAGAGGAAAACCAAGUCCAAACCAUGUGGAAGCACCAGAGUAA